AAAAUUGGGAAAUGAAAGAGGAAUUAGGGUCUUAAACAAAUCUUCAAAAUCUCAAAUCAAACAAAACAAUAACACAAAUGGAGCCAAACGGCGCCUCAGAAGCCGUAGUUCCACCGCCGCAGAAGCCUGAAACAGAACUAACCACCGAAAACAACACCAUCUCCUCAAAUCCAACACUAUCAAAAAACGCACAGAAGAAGCUAGCGAAGCAACAGAGAUGGGAAGCAAAGAAAAUAGAGAAGAAAGCAGCGGCGAAAGAACAGAAGAAGAAAGAACUCGAACGGAAAAGGAAGGAAUGGGAUGAAAGUCUCGCUAAUAUGAGUGAAGAAGAAAGAACGAAGUUAAUUGAAUCGCGAAUUAGUCUCCGGAAAGAGAGAAUGGAAAAAACUUUAGAAGAGAAACAAUGCAGAAAAGAGAGACUUGUUAAAGCUAAAGAACAUGGACAAAACGUCGUCGUUGAUCUUGAAUUCUCUCAUCUCAUGAUUUCUUCAGAAAUUCGUAGCCUCGUUCAACAGAUAAUGUAUUGCUAUGCGGCGAAUGGAAGGUGUGAGUCCCCCGCACAUCUUUGGCUAACUGGCUGCGAAGGAGAGAUGGAUGAUCAAUUGAAAAAGAUACCGGGAUUUGAUAAGUGGAUAAUUGAGAAGGAAGAUAAGUCAUAUAUUGAAGUAUUGCAAGAUCGUAAGGAUGAUAUGGUGUAUCUAACGGCUGAUUCGGAGACUGUUCUUGAAGAGCUUGAUUUGAAAAAGAUAUAUAUAAUUGGUGGGUUAGUGGAUAGGAAUCGGAAUAAGGGGAUAACUCUGGAGAAAGCACAAAAGCAAGGAAUUCAAACGGCUAAACUCCCUAUUGGUAAUUUCUUGACGAUGUCCAGUUCCCAGGUUCUUACUGUGAAUCAAGUUUUAGAAAUAAUUCUCAAGUUUCUAGAGACAAGGGAUUGGAAAACUUCUUUCUUUGCGGUUAUCCCUCAGAGGAAAAGAACUCAAGCUGAUUCAGAAGGAAAUGCGGAUAAUACUGUAGAGGAAGAGAAAGAGUGCGAACAAAAUGAUGAUCUAAUGGCAUGCAAAAAUCAAUGUGUUGAAGAGGAAGAGAUUGAGCAAAAAGAUGAUCUAAUGGCAAGUAAAAAGCAAUGUGUUGAGGAGAUCCCUUCUAACUGUUAGAAUAGUCACUGCCCAAAGUAUUGCUACAAACUUGCUGAUGGCGUGUGUGUAGAGUGUAGAACCGGAAAGGCAACACAUGACACUAGUUUCAAAUCAGAGCUGCAAGUGCAAUUUUCAUGCUGACAUAGAGAAUUAGCACAAUAUUUAUGUUUUUUUUGUUUGACAAAUCUGUGACUGGAUUUUCUCUGAGGUGUUAUCUCCCUUAUGCCAACAUUUUCUUCAGUUUUUGGAUCA